AUGGAUGUUUCAAAGUCCAAAGUUGAUGUCGCCAAGUCUAAGAACCACGCCGGGGAAGCGCUGGACUCUCAUCGCUACACUCACCUCCAGAAAGUGGUCCGAGGGAUGGAAUCAGAAUACGCCAAUGAGACGGACAGAAGACGACACAAGAGGAACUUUUUAGUGGACCAGAAUUAUAUGUGGCCCGGAGGGAUCGUCCCUGGCUGCUGGUCAUACGUCGGAAUGGUAGGGUGGGGACAACAGCGAAUCAGUCUUCAGAACCCGGCCUGUGUAACAAACCCUAUCAUCGUUCACGAGUUAAUGCACGCUAUUGGGAUGGAGCACGAGCAGUCCCGAACUGACCGCGACAACUACGUCAUAAUGCAGUGGGCUAACAUUCAAUAUGGCACGGGGAACCGGAACAUGAUGAAAAUCAACACAAGGGACAAUAACCCGUACGAUCUGGAGUCUGUUCUACAGUACAGACUAAAUGCGUUCGCGAUCAACCCUCUCUUGCCGUCUAUGACUGUCAUAGACAGCAGGCUGUCCUUUCUUGCCGACACAGCCACGGGACUCAUGUUUUACGAUACAAAGGACGUAUGCGCGACCUACCAAUGUACCCAGAACUGUCCGAACGCCACAACAACGUGUCAAAAUGGCGGCUUCAUGAAUACUGGGGCCACGGUGAACUGUUAUUGUUAUUGCCCAUCCGACCUGUACGGGAGCACGUGUGAGCAAGUGACCACCUCACCUGAAUGUGGGGGAAUCAUUGAGAUCGGAGCGGGGGAGGAAAGGACCAUAACGUCACCGGGGUGGCCCAACAUUUACACCCUAGGCAAACGAUGCGUCUGGGUCAUUAAGGGACCCGCCGCGAACCACAUUAAGAUGACCAUCGACUCCAUGGCAAUGAACUACAACAGCCUACAGUGCUAUCACUGGCUGGAGGUGCGCUACAACCUCGCAGGGCAGACAGGACCAAAGUUGUGUGGGAUCCGUGCCUCCGAGAGCUACGUCACAACGACGGAGGAACUGAAGAACCAGCUGAUCCUCAAAGCGGACACUCUGACCACUGACCGUGCGGCCCUGGCCGGGUUCACCCUCAGGGUGCAAAGUGUGGAAUUAGGUUGCGUUAACACUGGCUGUGUGUUUGGGACCUGUCGCACCUCUGACGGCGUCUGUAUCUGCACCAGCCCCUACUCCGGAACCCGCUGUGACACGGUGGCCGACAACUCCAAUCUAACGGCGACCUUUGAGACCGGGGCCGGACUCGCGUUUAUGCAAAACGAAGGGAAUGCUUACGACUGGAGUAUGAUAACGGGCCCAACCCCUACUGACAGUACUGGACCAAGCGGCGCCGCGGAGGGAACUACUUACAUGUAUCUGGAGUCGUCCGCCCCACACGCGCAGGGAGACAUUGCUACGCUGACGUCAGCGGCCGUGACCUUCACACAAACUUUAUCCAGAUGUCUGCGGUUCUCCUACUCCAUGUACGGUGCCAAUAUGGGCUCGCUAAACGUAUAUUAUCAGAGCGGAACAGGAAGUCGGACCCAGGUCUGGUCACGCUCUGGUGACCAAGGCAAUCAGUGGAACACCGCUGAUGUGGACAUCCCAAGCGUCUCAAACGUUCGGAUAUCGUUUGACGGGGUGAGAGGGAGUGGUCAUCUCUCAGACAUUGGACUGGAUGACAUUCAACUCUAUACUGUCAGCUGUAUAAUUCUGCGAAUUACGACAACAAGUGCACCGACAACAACAACUGAACAAACAACAACCACCGUACCAACAACAACAACAGUUAAUCCAACAACAACAACAACCGAAGGACCCGUUAUAGUAGUUGGUUUAACAUCAACCGUCGACUUAACAACGCCCACUGAACAAACAACUACAAGCCAAAUAUCAACCACUGAGGAACAAACAACAACCACCGAAAAAACAACAACCGAAGAACAGACAACAACUUCGGAACCAACAACAACUGAAGAACAGACAACAACUUCGGAACCAACAACAACUGAAGAACAGACAACAACUUCGGAACCAACAACAACUGAAGAACAGGCUACAACUAUUGAAUCAACAACAACUGAAGAACAGACUACAACUAUGGAAUUAACAACAACUGAAGAACAGACUACAACUAUUGAAUCAACAACAACCGAAAAAACAACAACCGAAGAACAGACAACAACUUCGGAACCAACAACAACUGAAGAACAGACAACAACUUCGGAACCAACAACAACUGGAGAACAGACAACAACUUCGGAACCAACAACAACUGAAGAACAGACUACAACUAUUGAAUCAACAACAACUGAAGAACAGACUACAACUAUUGAAUUAACAACAACUGAAGAACAGACUACAACUAUUGAAUCAACAACAACCGAAGAACAGACAACAACUUCGGAACCAACAACAACUGAAGAACAGACUACAUCUAUUGAAUCAACAACAAUCGAAGAACAGACAACAAGUAUUGAAUUAACAACAACUGAAAAACAGACUAAAACUAUUGAACCAACAACAACUGACGAACAGACAACAACCAUUGAACCAACUUCAACUGAGGAGCAAACAACAACCAUUGAAAAAUCAACAACCGAAGAACAGACUACUACUAAAGAACAGACAACAACAAAUGUGCAAACAACAACCGAAGAACAAGCAACAACUGAAGAACAGACUUCAACUAUUGAACCAACAACAACUGAAGAACAGACAACAACCAUUGAACCAUCUACAACUGAGGAGCAAACAACAACCACUGAACAAACAACAACCGAAGAACAAGCAACAACUGAACUAACAACAACUGAAGAACAGACAACAACAAAAGAACAAACAACAACGCAGGAACAAACAACAACUGAUGAACAAAUAACAACCACCGAACCAAUAACAACAACAACCGAAGAAGAGACAACAACCGGGGCCCAAACAACUGAAGAAUCAACUACAGCUGAUAUGCAAACAACAACUGCAGAUUUAACAACAAUAAUUGAAUCGACAACAACAAUGCAUUUAACAACAACAUCAUCAAUUACAAUAUGUCCACGAAGUACCACAAUGAGAAGCACAAUGACAACAGCUUCAAAUCCAACAACUACUACUGAACCAACAACAACCGACGAACAAACAACAACGGACGAAGUAACGACGACAGAAGAGCAAACAACAACUGCAGAACAAACAACAACCGAGGAACAAGGCACGACAGCAGAACAAACAACAACUGAGGAGCAAACAACAACCGAAGGGCAAACAACAACAACAACAUCCGAGGAGCAAACAACAACCGAGGAGCAAUCAACAACCGAAGAGCAAACAACAACCGAAGGACAAACCACAACCGAGGAACAAACCACAACAGAAGAACAACCCACAACAGAAGAACAAACAACAACAGAAGAGCAAACAACAACCGAGGGGCAAACAACAACCCAAGAACAAACCACGACAGAAGAACAAACAACAACUGAGGAGCAAACACCAACCGAGGAACAAACAACAACUGAGGAGCAAACAACAACCGAGGGGCAAACAACAACCCAAGAACAAACCACAACAGAAGAACAAACAACAAGUGAGGAGCAAACAACAGCAGAAGAGCAAACAACAACGCAAGAACAAACAACAACCGAGGAGCAAACAACGACAGAAGAACAAACAACAACUGAGGAACAAACCACGACCGAAGAACAAACAACAACUGAGGAGCAAACAACAACUGAGGAGCAAACAACAACCGAGGAACAAACAACAACAGCAUCCGAGGAGCAAACAACAACCGAAGAACAAACAACAACUGAGGAACAAACCACGACCGAAGAACAAACAACAGCUGAGGAGCAAACAACAACGGAAGAGCAAACAACAACCGAGGAGCAAACAACGACAGAAGAACAAACAACAACUGAGGAACAAACCACGACCGAUGAACAAACAACAACCGAGGAGCAAACAACGACAGAAGAACAAACAACAACUGAGGAACAAACCACGACCGAAGAACAAACAACAACUGAGGAGCAAACAACAGCUGCAGAGCAAACAACAACCCAAGAACAAACCACGACAGAAGAACAAACAACAACUGAAGAGCAAACAACAACUGCAGAGCAAACAACAACCCAAGAACAAACCACGACAGAAGAACAAACAACAACUGAAGAGCAAACAACAACCGAGGAGCAAACAACAACCCAAGAACAAACCACGACAGAAGAACAAACAACAACUGAGGAGCAAACAACUGCUGAGGAGCAAAUAACAACAACAACCGAGGAGGUAACAACAACUCAAGAACAAAGCACGACAGAAGAAACAACAACAACUGAGGAACAAACAACAACUGCAGAACAAACAACAACCGAAGAGCAAACAACAACUGCAGAACAAACAACUGAGGAACAAACAACAACUGAGGAACAAACAACAACUGCAGAACAAACAACAACCGAAGAGCAAACAACAACUGCAGAACAAACAACAACCGAGGAACAAACAACUACUAAGGAACAAACAACAAAUGCAGAACAAACAACAACCGAAGAGCAAACAACAACUGCAGAACAAACAACAACUGAGGAGCAAACAACAACUGCAGAACAAAAAACCACCGAGGAACAAACAACAACUGAUGAACAAACAUCAACUACUGAACAAUCAACAACAACAGAACAAACAACAACCACUGAAUCAAUUACAACCACUGAACCAAGUACAACAACAAUAGAACAAACAACAUCCACUGAACCAAUAACAACAACAACAGAACAAACAACAACCACUGAACAAACAACCACCAUUGAGUUGACAACAACCACUGAACAAAUAACAACAACUACAGAACAAACAACAUCCACUGAACCAAUAACAACAACUACUGAACAAACAACAACAACUGAACCAAUUACAACAACUACUGAACAAACAACAACAACUGAGCCAAUUACAACAACAACAACAGAACAAACAACAACCACUGAGCCAAUAACAACAACAACCACUCAACAAACAACAACUGCUGAACUAACAACAACUAUUCCAACAACAACCACCACAAUUCAAAUAACAACAACAACUAUCCCAGCAACAACAACAACUAUUCCAGCAACAACCACCACGGUCCAAACAACAACAACUGCUCCUACUACGACCACAACCACUGCUACUCCAACAACAACGUUACCUUCUAUUGUGACCUGUGAUUUCGAACCCGGAGAUACAAGCUGCUUUUUAGAAAACCUCUCUAGACCAGCAUCUCAGAUAGCGUCAAUCUUGGACACCCAAUUUGAUUGGACGCAAGGGCAGACCGGAAGUACGCCGUCCAGUGAGACCGGACCAUCUGGGGCCUCCAGUGGUCAGGGGUACGCCUUUAUAGAGGCCUCCUACCCCCGGGUCGAGGGGGACCAGGCCGUCCUCAGGACCUCCAACACCUUUCUGGGUACCAUCCCUCACUGUCUGACUUUUGACUACCAUAUGUUUGGUUCGACCUAUGGUAUGGGAGAACUCAUAGUAUACUCCAGCAAUAACAACAGUGACGUCACAACGCUAUUUAAACGAGAAGGCGACCAAGGUGACCAGUGGAUUCCUGCCACAGUGGAGGUCCCCACAGCCGGCGGACUUGUUAUCUAUUUCGAGGCUACUCGUGGAAGUUCUUACAGAAGUGACAUUGCCAUGGACAACGUCAAAAUAGAACAAGGGUCAUGCGGUUGUCAAACGAAUCCCUGCUUGAAUGGUGGAGCGUGCGUGGAGAACGUAUCCGGGGUCACGUGUCAAUGCGCCAGCGGGUAUGGCGGAACCUUUUGUGACGUCAUAACUGGGCCACUCUUCUGUAGCUUUAACACCGGAACGCUCUGUAGCUUCCUGUCCCAGGCGCUGGAUGACGGGGAUGACUGGCUAUUUGGGACGUACACUCCCACCCCCGGUACGGGUCCUCAGUACACCAUUGAUGGGAUUUUCGCCUACACCGAGGCUUCCUUCCGGUACUGGUACACCACCUACAAACUUACCACUUCCGGUACUAAAUUACAGGAGUCUCUAUGGUGUCUGACCUUUAACUACAACAUGUAUGGAGGCGGAAUAGGAUGGCUGCAGAUCCUGACCAAGUCGAGCGGAGUCCCUAUGCUGGUCUGGUCGCGGUACGGGAACCAGGGCAUAAACUGGUUCUCAGCUGGCGUCACUCUUGCGUCAUCUCCAGACCUUGUAAUUGAAAUAAUUGCUACCCGAGGCUAUGCUUAUACAGGUGACAUUGCCAUUGAUAACGUGCGGUUGACAUCAGGAGUUUGCUAGGAAAUUUCCUCUGGAUGUGCUGUUUUCAUUAUAUCUACCACUGCCAUGAUGCCAUUGUCACUUUAUAUUCAGAUAUAUGUUUACAAAUCUAUAGUUCAAGAGCGUUGAGAAUUGCUUCAACUACUAGUAUUCCCCUUACCUUUUUUUUUCUUCCACAAAUUCAUUUUCAAUAUUUUCAAACUGUUACAUUCGUUAUUAGAUUUCAUGUAAAUUUGAUUUGAAUAAAAUAUUUAUUUUUAUGUCAACGACGUAUUUUGUUACAAAAGAAGAAUCUGAAAUAAAUGACACAAAUCACCCUUGCUCAGUGUUGUUCAAGGAAAUACUGUUUUGUAUAUUUUGUGUAUUUGCUCUAAAAAUUCUCAAUUUCUCUUUAAUGAUUCGUCUUCAAUAAUCAACUUUUUUUCUAAAAAGACAAGCUUGAUCACUAUGCAGCUACAACUAUAAGAAGCCAACAACAACAAAUUAAC